AUGGAGGGCAUCCGUUCUACCGGCGGCUACAUGCAACGACGCCUGAGUCGUCUUUAUAACGACACAAAGAAAUCCUCAGACUUUGUUCAGGAACCCGUCAAGGCCCCCGAAGACCCCGAGAUCAAGUCGCUGUUCAGGAAGCUUCGCAUCCAAAAGGACCGCGUAUCGACUUGGGGCAUCGAGUGGACAGAUCCUAACCAGUCAGACGAGAUUGACAGCUCACUAUCGAAAGCCGGUCUGAGUGAGGUCGUUCACAGCAUCCUGUCGACUGUUCGGGAAACGCUAUCAGAAUUGGAUGCGCUGUGGAAGAGCUACACGAACCCUCUAGGCACAGUCUCAGAAAAGUCGGCAGAUCGCAAGACCGCUUUUGUGACCUGGGACAAGGCCGUAUUCGCCGAUGCCAUUGGAGACCUCACUCAGUCUGUCGACACAUUGUACGAUCUUUCCAGAACGCGCUCAUCCGCCCAGAUGUCGUCGCGUUCCAAGCUUGAAAAGUCCAUGGCCUCCACCGAGGAGCUGCGGCCUUUUGAAUCCACCAGGAUGCAGACGCCUCAAGAAAUCGACCCGACAACUUUAACGAAUAUUCGAUCCAUGCAGGCCGAGCCCAUGACCGAAACCAGAGCUAAUCUCCCACCGCGCGACAUCGUCUUCAUGAGCAAGCAGGCAUGGUCAGAUCUGUCGCAACACAUUGGUCGUCAACCCUUUGCGCCGCUCCUAUUGGAGUUCGCGACGUUUGAUUCCAUGUAUGCCAUCACGGGUAUCAUGCCUCCCAUGUCGCGCUUCGAGAAGCUGUCAGCCGGCUUGCAGCAGGACUCGCAGAGGGCCCCCGGUACCUGGAUCGGUCUUCCGAGACUCCUGGGUUAUUUCGAGGAUCUGGAACACGCCCGGCUUGGACUAGUUUACCACUUCCCGCCCAACUUCAAUGCCGUCUCCUUUGAAAACUUUACGCAAACCCCGCUCUAUAAUGUCUGCACGCUCGCCGAUCUCUUGUCGCGACCAGACUUUGAGCCGACCUUGGAGGCCAAAUACCGUUUGGCUUCCAAUCUAGUCAACACCGUGUUUGACUUGCACGCCCGGGGUAUCACCCACGGCUGCAUAAUCGACAAGAAUGUAUCCUUUUGCAACAUGUCUACGCCUGACCUGACCACGGGCCCCGGUGAGGUGGACAUUCGUCGGCCCCUCAUCUCAUCUUUUGAUCUGUUCCCAGAUGCUCCGUCAGAUGAGGAGCCAGUCUCGCCAUCACUGCCACUUUUCCGGCAUCCCCUGGACCCUCGCACCACCCCGGCAUCACCGAUCAACGAUAAAAUGGACUCUCGUAUCCUCGAUCUCUACUCCCUUGCCAUGGUUCUGCUGUCCAUUGGCCUUUGGACUAAGCUCGACAACCUCGUGACAGACCCCUCGCAGCCGAUUCCCGAGUCGGUGUUGAACCAGCUGGGGAUCCGUUGCUCCACCCUUUACAAGAGGGCGGUCGAGACUUGCUGGACAGCCGUUGACAUGUCACUACAAGGAAACACCUCCGACGAUGAACUUCUCUCGGCUGUGCAAGUCAGUGUGUCACGCUACCUCGACUCAUGCGCCAUCCUAGACAAUAUCAGUUCUCUCGAAGAUCGCCUCAACCUCGACCUCGGAAAGAAGAUAUCCGUGUCCCCCAUCGGCACGCCUUCUCGUCAGAGCAUCUCAGGCCCCUCGAAGGAGACGAAGGCGAUCACCCGACCUUCCGUCGACACCAGCCGCUCAUCAUUCGACGCUAAGACUCCCAUUUCGGAACCUAGCUCUGCGCGCCGUUCAUAUCCCUCGGCUGCAGAGGAGAAGCGGCAGCUUGCCAGAGAAGAGGUUCAAAGUGAGUAUUGCAUCUUGGAUUUGGAUUGUCCAGACACUAACAACAUUGUAGCCGGCCCGGUGGAGCUCCCCGCGGAGUCAAAACCCGCCAAGGCAGCAUCUCCCAAAACACGCCUUUACCCGCAGAUCCCGUUGCCUCCAGACGCCGUUGAGAAGUGGAACACGCUGGUGAUGCCUCAAGUCAACCAAGCACUGCGACACUUUUACCGCAAACACCGCGAGGAGUCGGUCGAAGUUUCUCUCGAGUCUAUCGGCAGUUCGCCUACAAGAACACAACCUACAGUCCUUGUUGUGUGCACAUCUGUCAGCAAGGUCAAGGCCAUACUGACGCGCAAGCUGGGGGAGCUUUUCGAGGGCAAGUCUGGAUUCGGCUUGAAGGUCUGCACGGGACAGGUCCUGAGGUCACGGAAACAAGCCGGCGACCCCAAAAGAAGUGCAGCACAAGACGACGAAGACGAUGGCGUAGUCAAGGCAGCCAACCCCGACUUUCAGGCGCGUCCAAGCAAUGGCGCAAGUAUCGGAGCCUGGGUGGGGGACCGUCACCUGUCGCCCGUUAGCUUGGGCGGCCUCGUUGUAGUGGAUGAUAAGCCGUAUGGAAUGACGGUUCAUCACAUGCUGGACGACCCCGACGAAAUCUACAAGCACACCAAGGCGCAGGAUCCGACGAUGCGCAGUAUGGCGAGGGACACCGAAGACGCUCGCUUCGACUGGUACGCAGAUUCAUCGGCAGAGAGCAGCGGCGGCGAAGACUAUGCUUGCGAAUUCUCGGAAUCAGAGGAGUCCGAAGCGUAUUCGGAGACGGAUGUUACUAGUGAGGCGUCCGACGAUGAAGAGAGCGAUGAAGAGUCAGAGGGUGAAUACGACCAGCCCGGCGAUAUCCCUGGGGUGGAGCCGGGUUGCGGCGACGGAUACAUCAUCACGCAGCCUGCCAUGGAUGAUGUCGACGAGGAAUUUUAUGCUUCGGCAGAGACGGCAAACGAAGACCACUUGGACAGUUUUACCGUCGGAGAGGUUUACGCAUCGAGUGGCAUCAAGAGGAGGGAACAGAACGGACUCAUCCACGAAAUAGACUGGGCACUUUUCGAAUUCGCCGAAGAGAGGCUACCUGAAGACAACUCGAUACCCAGGAUUCAGAGCAAGCAAUUAUCGCCUUCGUACGGAAACUUCCCGUCAAGGCAGGGUAAGGUUAUGCAUCCCAUGACUGUGGCGCCGACUACCGCGCUGCCUGGUCUAGAGGUGCAGUGCAUGGCGCGUACCAGCGGCCUGCAAACGGGUCUCAUCCUGCCCGCCCUGACGAGCGUCAAGAUCUUUGGGCGGACGACGCCCAGUCACACUUACCAGGUUAGCAGCGUCGCCACCGAGACGCCUGCCGAGCUGAUCGGUGGCGCCAAUAAGCAGCCUAUGGGUAUCCCUGGAGAUAGCGGCGCCUGGGUCGUGGAGCGCGCCCAUGGACGAGUUUGCGGGCACGUCUUGGCUUGGAGCGGGCGGAAGCGCGUUGCGUAUAUUUGUCCUAUGGACGUCCUACUUCUCGACAUUGCGGAGGCCCUUGAGGCGCGAAAAGUUGGGUUACCCGGCGGCGAGCCCGUUGUGAGCCUGAAAGGCCGGGAAGAGGAGGAAGAGGAAGAAGACGAGGGGACCUGCAGGGACGAUGAGCCUUCCUCGUCUCCUUUUUUAGACCCCAAGGACGAUGACGAUUUGGAUAUCGUUUCCGAGGUCGGAGAUGACGACGACCUGCCUGUCCUCGUCCGAUCACGCGCCCCUCCGCGGCGACGCGGUACGAAGAAAGGAGAAGAUCAAAACCAAGACGAGGGGCAGGAGAAGGAGCAGGAGCAGAAAAAACAAGACGGUACUUUGCAGGAGCGGGAAAAAUUUGCUUCGGGCGAGGACCAUGAUUUAUCACGCAGGAUGGAGUCUAUGGGCAUUGGCAGGAGUCGCAUGGGCGUUGGCAUGUGCAGCUGA